CCAGAGAAAUACUCUCUUCAUGCCUUCUUUUUAAUGAAGUACGAAAAUUCCACUUAGUGUUCGCUCAUACCAGCGUUGAUUACGUUCUCUCUUUAUUUUGGCAAAGUCUGUAGAGUGUCUCAUAUAUUCAUUGUCAAAAAUGAGUGCAGAAGGUGAAUUAAGUUUCUGGCUAAAAAAGCAGCUUACGGCAUUUGAAGAAAAGUUUUCCGAGGCUGAUAAAGACAAAAACGGAAGUCUUUCAUUUGCGGAAAUAAAAGAUGUAUUACAAAAUGCAGGAUUUAAGGGAACAGAAGACCAGUUACUAGCCAUUUUCAAAUUUGCUGACGCAAACAAAGAUUCGAAAAUUUCAAGAAACGAGUAUAUGGUUGCUGUAAAGAAAGCACCGAAAACAAGCUUAAAAGAAAUAUUGUUAAGAAGAGCAUUCAAAAAGUAUGAUAAAGAUGAGAGUGGAUACCUGACACGAGAUGAAAUUAUUUCGAUUACGGCAUCGGAGGAGGCGGGAUUAAAUCUGCCCAAAGAAAAAAUUGCCGAAAUGCUGAUCGCUCUGGUUACAGACAAAGAUAAAAAGAUCAGUUACGAAGAAUUUUUGCAACAUUUUCAUUACAACCAGACUGCGACCUUACUUCGGGAACUCUUUGACCGUAUCGAUAAAGACAAGAGCGGAUUCCUGACCAAAAAUGAAAUCAUUGAUGCAAUAAAAGCAGACGACGAGCUGGCAUUUAAGGCGGCAAAUUUGUCCGGGUUACUCAUUACUUACAGCAAAGACAAGGUGGACAAAAUUGACUAUGGGGAAUUUGCGAAAAUUGUGGCCAAUCAAGCUAAGAAAUAACAAUUAAAAACAUUUUCAUUUAAAAAUUAGUAUAUAUCAAUGUUGUGAAGUUUAUAUUCAAGACGUCAAUUAAAACAAGGUAAAAAUGACAAUGGAUUCGGAAACGAAAGUUUCGCAUAGCGUUCUCGAUAUCUUAAGAAACUGAUGGUUAAUUAUUUAUAAGUGUUGUGAUAUCAUAUAUUUUGUCAACGAGAGUUGUUGAAUCUCAAAUAAAAGUGUAAUUAGGC